UCGACUUUAGCAGUUCUAAGCUCUUAAAAUGACAAACUUAGUCAUUUAUUUUUGGUUUGCCUUUCUGGCCCUAAAUCUGUGUGAAGUUUCUGGAUCCUAUGAUGAUCGAUUCAAUAAUAUUAACUACAAAUUGGGAUCCAUCGAACGACAAAUCUCAGGGCUACAGAAUACAUUUACGAACAAAAUUCCGCAAAACUUAACGCAGAUCCUAAAUCAGAUUAUCAACCAGCAGAGAGUAAUAAUGGAAAAAAUAGAUAGCCAGGCGACACACAUGCAGCAGAAUUGUAAGGACAGUAAUACACAUCAUCGGCAGUCCAGAUCUACGGAGAAUAAGCAAGAAACUGAGGCAAGUCAGGCCAGUAUCCCAUAUCGUAAUCAUUAUAGUAUGGUACCGGUAAGAAGAUCGGCAAGAAAUUCGCCAUAUGUGUUGAUUGGUUUUAGGGAUUUUAAACUUAUGAAAGACUCCUUUGCACGUUGGCUCACUGCAAGAAGUUACUGCCAUGCCUAUGACCUUUAUCUAGCAACAAUACAAAGCGAAGAGGAACUGACUGCCCUCAAUGCGAAAUUAAAUCCUAAUGAUAAGUACUGGCUGGGCAUCUUUAGUAAUAAUGGAGGCGCGGAGUUUCUUUCUGAGGAGACCAUGAAGCCAGCGACAUUCUUUAAGUGGAACAUCGAUAAUCCCAAAACAUAUAAUAACACCAGCAACAUAUGCGUUUACUUAUUAAAUGGCCUAAUGAACACUGGGGACUGUACUGAUGUUAUUCAUUUCAUUUGCCAUAUAGACACAAUAUAGUAAAUCAAAAAUAAAGUGACAUUUUUAUACCUACAAAAUUAAACAAAAUUAUAUAAUCGUUUGAAUAUUGCAAUUGUAAUUCUUAU